AUGGAUCUCCAACAGCUAUCCCAGCUUUUCGCCUCCACUUUCAGCCCAGACCCUAAUGUCCAGAAGAUGUCCGAGCUGCAGAUCCGCAAGCUCGGCGGACAAGAGGGCAUGAUCUCCAGCACCCUGCAGAUCAUCGGAAACGAUGGCCUCGAUGCCCCGACGCGCCAGGCGGCGGCCGUCUACCUCAAAAACCGCGUGUACUCAUCCUACUUCGUCGACACCACCGCGCGCCCCGACCAGGUCCCCAUCCCCACCUCGGAUCGUGCCGUCCUCAAAUCGUCCAUCAUCCCGCUCAUCGCCGCCUCUCCCUCUCGCGCGAUCACUGUCCAGCUCGCCGGCGCGCUCAAGAACGUCGUCGCGCGCGAUUUCCCGGAGCAGUGGCCGUCGCUCGCGGAGGAUGUGAAGAAGCUGCUCGUGAGUGGGAACGUGCGCGAGGUGCACGCGGGAUGUGUGGCGACGCUGGAGAUGGUCCGUGCGUUCAGGUUCCGUCAGGGAACGGACGUGCUUCCUAAACUAGUCGAGGAGUUCUUCCCUACCCUCGUGACCAUCGCGGGCCAGGCUCUGGCAAAUCCUAUCGUCACCAACAACGAUGAAGUCCCUACCAUCCUGCAUCUCAUCAUGAAGACGUACAUGACAAGUAUCAUCCUCCAGCUGAGCAAGCACCAGCAAUCUCAGGAGAGCCUUGUCAGCUGGGGUCGCUUGCUCUUCCAGGUUGUCAACCUCCAGGUUCCGAAGGACGCCGUUCCGGAAGACGAGGAAGAGCGCGAGCGCUGCGAGUGGUGGAAGGCGAAGAAGUGGGCGUACAAGAUUCUCGGACGCCUCUUCCACCGCUUUGGCAACCCUUCCCAGCUCCCUAGCAGCCUCCAGGAGGAGUACGGCGCGUUCGCUCAGCACUUCGUUACCACUUUCGCGCCAGAGAUCUUCAAGGUCUACCUGGCGCAGACGCAGUUGUUCGUGUCCAACCAGGUUUGGAUCUCGAAGAAGUGCCAGUACCGCAUCUUCACAUUCUUCACCGAGUGUGUGAAGCCCAAGUCCACCUGGGCCCUCCUGAAACCCCACUUUGAGACGCUGGUGUCCUCGUAUGUCUACCCCCAGCUCUCUUUCACCCCUGCGAGACAAGAGCAGUGGGAGUCCGACCCCAUCGACUACGUUCGCAUCACCGUCGAUGAGUUUGAGGCGUACGAUAGUCCCGUCUCUGCUGCGACCUCCUUCCUCUUCGCUCUCGCGAGCAAUCGCACCAAGACCACUUUCCUCCCCAUCCUCGGGUUCAUCAACCAGGUCCUCCAAAGCAAGCCUGCCGCGCCUCAGCGUUUCGGUGCGCUCAACAUGACCGCCGCCUUGGGCCCCUUCAUCAUGCGCCACCCCGACGUAAAGGGCAACAUGCCCCAGUUCGUGCUCCAGCACGUUUUCCCGGAGUUCAACGCGCAGGAGCCGUACAUGCGCGCCGUCGCGAACGAGGUCCUGGGCACCGUGGUCAAGUCAGGCCUCGAGUUCCCCAAUGGGCAGUCUCUUCACCAAGCCAUGACGGCUGUUGCCGCAGGCAUCGACGACACGGAACUCCCCGUCCGGGUCCACGCAUGCCUGUCGUUGACCGAGCUCGUCACUAGUUCGUCUACCGUCAAGUCUGCGGUCGCUCCGCAAGUCGGCAAGGUUAUUCAGACUCUCUUGAAGCUUUCGGAGGAAACCGAUCUCGACCUCCUCAACCAUUGCAUGGAAACCAUGGUCGAGACCUAUCAGUCUGAGCUGCUUCCCGUCGCUGCAGAGUUGACGGCGCGUCUGUGCGAGACCUACGCUCGCCUUGCCAAGGAAAGCCAGGCCGCGGAUGAGGUUGAGGGUGGCCUUGACCUCGACUCCAUCAUGGACGCUGAGUCCACCGAGGACAAGACCUUCGCGGCGAUGGGCGUUGCCAAGACCAUCGCUACUGUCGUGUCCGCUGUAGAAUCGUCCCCCGAGAUCCUCGGACAAGUCCAGGAAAUCAUCAUCCCAAUCGUCGUCCUCACCCUGGAGGCCAAGCUGCUCGACUUGUUGGACAACAUGUACGACCUCGUCGACAUGCUCACCUUCAAGCUCCGCAACAUUUCGCCCAACAUGUGGCCCGUCUUCGAGCUCACCUACAAGCUCUUUAAGUCGGAUGCUGUUGACUUCCUCGAUGAGAUGCUCCCGUCCCUCGAUAACUUCGUCUCAUUCGGCAUCGACGCCUUCAAGUCGCGCGCCGACUACCGCCAGAUGGUUCUCGACAUUUACCAGACCUCAAUGAGCAGCGAUCACCUCGGCGAGAACGACGCCGUGAACGGCUGUAAGCUCGCCGAGUCCAUGCUCCUCAACCUCCGCGGCUCCGUCGACGACUCGUUGCAAGCAAUCAUCACGACCGCGCUCACGAAGCUCGAGAAGGCGGAGACGAACGCGCUCCGGCUCGCGACGCUCAACGUCGUCGUCAACGCCGUGCUCUACAACCCGGCGGCGACGCUGAGCAUCCUCGACCAGACGGGGGUUGCCCGCAAGUUCUUCGACAAGUGGUUCGCGGCGAUCAACGUCGAGGCGCGCCUCCCGCGCGUGCACGACAAGAAGCUGAGCAUCGUCGCGCUCUGCGCACUCAUGGAGGUCGACCCGGCGAGCAUUCCGCAGUCGGUUCAGGAGGGUUGGCCGGGCAUCGUCUCUGGUGCGCUCAAGCUCUUCCAGGAGUACCCCAAGGCGGUUCAAGCUCGUAAAGAGCUCCAGGAGAUGUACCAGAACGAUGACGAGGACGAGGAGGACGAUGAUGACUCGAAGUACCUGAACAUGAACGAGGAGGACGACGAUGUUUGGGACGAGGACUCAGCCUACGCCGAGAUGCUCGCCAACGAGGGCAAGCGCCUCCGCGAGAAGUCCGAGAAGCAGGCCGCUGGCGAAGACGUCUCCGACGACGAGGAUGAGGAGGAUGACAUUGAGGAGGAGCUUGGUUACAUCAGCCCUCUCGACAACGUCAACCCCUACGUGACCUUCAAGGCCUCGUUGACUGUCUUCCAGAUGAAGAACGGUCAGGGCUACCAGCUCGCAACGACAUCGCUCACAUCCGAACACCAGACCUUCCUGAUGGAGGUCAUGCGCAUUGCGGGCGAGCAGGCCGCUGCUUCAGCAUCUUAG